AUGAGCCUCGGGUUGAGACGAAUAGAACCGAUGAAACUCCAACACCACCACGUGGGAAUCAGACGGAGGGAACUCCCACACCACCACAAGGCUGUGGAAACAGGGGGAAAAAGCAGGAAGAAAGUUGCAGAAGAAGAGAAAAAAGAGGAAGAGGCUGUGAAAGUUGUUGAAGAACAGGCUGGGGAAGUUGUCGAGGAACAGGCUGGGGAAACAGAGGGAAAAAGCAGGAAGAAAAUUGCAGAAGAAGAGAAAAAAGAGGAAGAGGCUGUGAAAGUUGUUGAAGAACAGGCUGGGGAAGUUGUCGAGGAACAGGCUGGGGAAACAGAGGGAAAAAGCAGGAAGAAAAUUGCAGAAGAAGAGAAAAAAGAGGAAGAGGCUGUGAAAGUUGUUGAAGAACAGGCUGGGGAAGUUGUCGAGGAACAGGCUGGGGAAACAGAGGGAAAAAGCAGGAAGAAAAUUGCAGAAGAAGAGAAAAAAGAGGAAGAGGCUGUGAAAGUUGUUGAAGAACAGGCUGGGGAAGUUGUCGAGGAACAGGCUGGGGAAACAGAGGGAAAAAGCAGGAAGAAAAUUGCAGAAGAAGAGAAAAAAGAGGAAGAGGCUGUGAAAGUUGUUGAAGAACAGGCUGGGGAAGUUGUCGAGGAACAGGCUGGGGAAACAGAGGGAAAAAGCAGGAAGAAAAUUGCAGAAGAAGAGAAAAAAGAGGAAGAGGCUGUGAAAGUUGUUGAAGAACAGGCUGGGGAAGUUGUCGAGGAACAGGCUGGGGAAACAGAGGGAAAAAGCAGGAAGAAAAUUGCAGAAGAAGAGAAAAAAGAGGAAGAGGCUGUGAAAGUUGUUGAAGAACAGGCUGGGGAAGUUGUCGAGGAACAGGCUGGGGAAACAGAGGGAAAAAGCAGGAAGAAAAUUGCAGAAGAAGAGAAAAAAGAGGAAGAGGCUGUGAAAGUUGUUGAAGAACAGGCUGGGGAAGUUGUCGAGGAACAGGCUGGGGAAACAGAGGGAAAAAGCAGGAAGAAAAUUGCAGAAGAAGAGAAAAAAGAGGAAGAGGCUGUGAAAGUUGUUGAAGAACAGGCUGGGGAAGUUGUCGAGGAACAGGCUGGGGAAACAGAGGGAAAAAGCAGGAAGAAAAUUGCAGAAGAAGAGAAAAAAGAGGAAGAGGCUGUGAAAGUUGUUGAAGAACAGGCUGGGGAAGUUGUCGAGGAACAGGCUGGGGAAACAGAGGGAAAAAGCAGGAAGAAAAUUGCAGAAGAAGAGAAAAAAGAGGAAGAGGCUGUGAAAGUUGUUGAAGAACAGGCUGGGGAAGUUGUCGAGGAACAGGCUGGGGAAACAGAGGGAAAAAGCAGGAAGAAAAUUGCAGAAGAAGAGAAAAAAGAGGAAGAGGCUGUGAAAGUUGUUGAAGAACAGGCUGGGGAAGUUGUCGAGGAACAGGCUGGGGAAACAGAGGGAAAAAGCAGGAAGAAAAUUGCAGAAGAAGAGAAAAAAGAGGAAGAGGCUGUGAAAGUUGUUGAAGAACAGGCUGGGGAAGUUGUCGAGGAACAGGCUGGGGAAACAGAGGGAAAAAGCAGGAAGAAAAUUGCAGAAGAAGAGAAAAAAGAGGAAGAGGCUGUGAAAGUUGUUGAAGAACAGGCUGGGGAAGUUGUCGAGGAACAGCCUACGAAUUGA